GAAGCGUUGUUUCAAGAUGUCUGAUCUGAGGCUCUUGCUCCUGGUCGGCCUGCUCUCUCUGUCCCCGGGUCAAGGCGAGGGAUUCUACCGUUUCUUUCCAAUAAACUGCCCUGGUUAUUGCCUUCGAGGAUUCUAUCAUCCCUUUGAGAGCACGAACCGAACAUUAUUCACCCUCCAUCCCCCUGGGGACACCUUACACGCCAGACCGAAGGCGAAUGGAACCUCCAAAGUACUUCUGACGUUUGGAGGAAAAUCUGUGUCGGGCAACCUCAGGACGCAACUCCGGAUGGACUUGUGGAAGGACGGUGUCAGUUUCUUUGAUCUUGGAAAAAGGAAAUACAACAACCAGAUAAAGUAUUUUGAAAUACAGCCGAACAGGACUUUGGAGCUGUCUUUCGAGUGUCCCAAUGAUUCCCAAAAAAUGUUUCUUGCACCGAGCGGUCCGCCGGAAGACGUUGCCUCCACCAGCCCGUCAGCAUCUCAGCAGUCGAUGGUGAUAAAAUAAGUAAGACCUUUGGACCAAGCCGAGUCAGCACCAGCUGACACACUGUUAGCAAGUCAACAUUAGUCGACUGAGGCCGGGCUCAGCUUCGCAUAUCGGACUUAUCCUUAUCCCUUACUAAGUGUGACAAUUGAAGGUAUGGUGCGUAGACCGGCCAAAGGUAUAUUUUGUUUUUAAUGUUGCUUCUGAUGAUGGGGAAAACCAACUGUUGUUUUACGAAGCUGUGCUAUCAAACAGCUGUGUGACCUCCCGCAUUGGUCGUAUGGUCGCGUUCCUUCCCUCUCUCUUGGGUUUGGGCCCAGAAUGGCGUCAGGGGAAUUUCCAAACGAGGUUCAACAGUAAAAAAAAAAAAAAAAAAAAAAAAAAAAAAAAAAAAAAAAAAA